GAUGUUAGUUAUUUUCGUUUUUGGUUUCUUGGUUUCUUUAACUGUGGACAAGGUUUCUGGAGUUAAAGAGGAUUACUAUUGGAGGGACUACGAUGGUACUAUUCCUGACGAUGCUGUAGUCGGGGGUCAAUCUUUCGGUCACGACAUCUUCAUAGGUCAGGCUUACAUUCGAGACGAGGGGGUUUUUCCAGUAACGAUCAAUCCCGGGGUGAUAGAGGUAGCUGUGCCCAUUAAAGGCGUGAAAAGGACAGAUAAGUACGUCAAGAUCUUGUGUGGACCACCGGCGAAUUUCGAAUGGGUUCCUGCUAAUGUUACCAAUCUGCACGUUGUAUUACUGAACAAACAUGCGGUUUUUGGAGGACAUGAAGACAGUAAGGGAUAUGUUUACAUAGGAAAGAGUACCACGAAAGGUGGUACCCAGAUUGGGAAAAUCAAUGCUUUCGCUCUAGGAAACGCCAAAUUUUUCUAUGCUAGUAAAGAUUCAGAGAACAACUUGAGUGUAUACGAUGUACUGUGUUACCCCGAUUUUGGGCAAAAACUUGAUAUAAGGGAAACGCUUAUACCUGAGAUGACUCCAAAGGAUCAACAAAAUAUUUAAACCGGUACUCGACUGUUGGGUUUUUUCUGCUAAUUAUUAACGUUUGACCUUACUAUAAUCAACCUAUAAAAACAAAAUUAUUGACUUUUAAGAACUUGAAAUAAAGACAAUUAAAAAAGCAUUACUUGAUGACUUACCAGUACCACUUCCACAAAAUUCGUUUAGUCUCGUUGCAGCUCUACGAUGAUUCGUUUUAAGCUUCUUCUCGCAACAACACUUUUCUUGUCUUAUAUUUGUUGUACUUGUGGUUACCGAUAUUUCUAUUGGAGAGAAUACACGGGUACUAUCCCUUCGGAUGCUAUCGUUGCAGGACGAGACAUUAGCGGCAAAGAUCUCUACAUCGGUCAAGCAUAUGUUAAAAACGGAGGCUGGCAAGUAGUACCCAUUUAUCAAGGAAUCAAAGAGGCAAUAGCGGUACUGAACGGACCCAAGAAAACCGACAAAUACAUCAAAAUUCUAUGUGGUGAACAAAAUCAUCUUCGUUGGGUUGUAACUACCGCCAAGGAUUUUCACGAGGAUAUGGAAGACAAAGUUGGGGUGAUUGGGGGACACGAAGAUGGCUGGGGGGAGACCCAUAUUGGAAGAAUAAGUUACGAAGGGGAGACGAGAAUUGGAAAAGUCAAUUCCUUCAGAACUGGGAAAGCGAAUUUUUAUUUCCAUGAUAGAGGAACGGAACGCGAUAUUGGGGAUAAUUAUCUUUUUGAAGUUUUGUAUUAUAACGAUGACUAUGUAAUAGAACCACGCAGUUUGCACUAGGGGGUUAGAACAUUUUGUAGGGUGGUACCACUGUAAUAUACUGAUUCAGCAAAAUAUACCAAAUUUUUAUUUUUUCUGUUUGAUUCAAAGGUUGCUAUUAUUAUGUUCAUGUUAUUGUGAUGUGGAAUUUUGCUGUCCCAGUCUCCAUCUGGAUUACCCACAUAGAAUAAAGAAACAAAUAAAAAGGUUUAUCAACAAGGUUAAAUGAAGUCAGCUAUUAAACGCGAUGAUAAUAAAUACAAAUUGGAAGAAUUUACUGUGA